CGUCGAGCGGGCAGCCUUCAGGGCUGCCCCCCGCCUGCAAUCGACGGUCCUGGUCCCCCCGGAACAGCCUGGAACGCAUGCGCCGUCGCCGCGACCGCUAAGCAUCAGUAUGACUACUGCCGAUGCUGCUGAUGCUGAGCAGCGCAGAUGACGCCACGAGUCCUCAUUUACCUGCUGAGCAGCGCAGCAGCAUGGUUCACGAGCUCCACGGACGAUGACCUGAGAACAUGGCUCGGCGACCACGAGCCGUAUGCGGCGCAGACCGAGGCUCAGGCGCGAGCCUGCGAUGCCACCUGCCGCGCGUCGCUCAGGCAAGGGUACCGAUGCGAAGGUAUUGAGAGACCGCUGCCCCCCUGCGAAUUUGAGCGGAAGCCGGUCAACGCCGACUUUGCGUCGCUGCUCCGGGCGACCGAGACCCCGAAGGCGUCGUGCGCCGGCCCCCACGGCGCCGUCGCGUGCUACACCUUUGGGGUGCGUGUCCAGCGUCCCGGACGCGCGCGGCGAUGGCGUGCUGUGGAACAGUUCCGUGAAGGCGUCACCCCGCGCAGGGCGGCGACUACUGCGUCCUGCGCAAUGCCUACCCGCCGGACGCGUCGUCCUCCACGUGCGCCGAGGGGGCGCUGCGCGGCGUCAAGCUCGGGGAUAAAUACGCGGAGGUCAGCAAGCGCUGCGCCUGGAGCGUCUACUGCGAACCGUCCAGCAAGGAGGCGGCCGCGAUACUACAGCGGCGGCUCUGGGGCAGGCCCAAGGAGCAGAUGUGGCCCAAGGUGCAAUUGCGGCGCGGGCCGCCGCCGGCGCGACGGAUGAGCGACGAGCCGCUGUACCUCGCGCGGCGCGGCGACUGCGGCGGCAGCGCCCCGAACCCGGCGCACUGCCGCCGGCGACGAUGGAGAUAGUGAGGCGGUCGCGGGGUUUCGCGCCGCUCAAUCGAACCACCGUCUUCCUGGCGGGCGGCUUCGGGUUCGGCGGCCACGCGAUGCGCGCCGCGGGCGGCGACGCGGCGCCCUGGGCGCCCGCGGCCGACGUCGCGACGUACCUGCUCUGGGGCUCCGCGCGGCGCGUCGCGUGGCUCUACGACCCGGACGCGCGGACCUACGAUACCGCGGUCUACUACCGCGACGUCGUGCUGUCACCGCCGCCCUUCCACUCGGCCACGUGGGCGCCGGCGAACUGCCGCGCGCAGGUGCGCUCCGACGUGUUUGCGCAGCUACGGCGGACUGUGGACGACCGGAUCGAGCGCGCGGCCAACCUGGCGAGACGACGGCGCGCGGAGAAGCCGUUCGUGCUCGUGCUCACGCGCCGGGCGCCGGCGCGCCGGCGGCUGCUGAACGCGAGGAGGACCGUGCACAACGUCGACGCCGUCGUCGACGCGCUGCGGGCCGCGCUGCCGUCGUUGACGGUCCGCGUCGUCUCUACCGCCGUCGCGCGGCCGUGGGCCCGCCAGGUCGCGCUCUGGCGGCGCGCGCGGGUGGUCGUCGGCCUCCACGGCGGCGCGCUUGCCCACGCGUUGUUCCUCGGGCCCGGCCAGGGCCUCGUCGAGAUCACGCCGCGCGAGCACUCUUGCGGGCACCCGUCCAUGUUCGCACAUAUGGCGGUCGGAGUCGGCGCAACCUACCAGGGAGUUUUAUGUCGAACGUGCUCGAUGGCGCGGGGCGGGGCCGUGGACGUCGAGGCCGUCGUGCGCGUCGUCCGCGAGGUGCUAGAGCGGACCUAAUUCAUCAAAACUUACACAC